UACUCUGAACUUUUGCUGCAAUACAGCCAACAGCUGAUUCUAUUCCAUCCAUUGACUUACGUUAGAUUGCGAGCCACGUUUAAUAGUUCCAUGGUUGUGAUAUUAGUAGUUAAAUCUGUAGUAUAAGUGCCUAGUGUUUGUACUCCUUGCAAUAGUAAUCUAGGUCAUAUUUCUGAUUACAUGAAUAUAUUGUGAUAAUAUAUUGAAAUACCAAAAUAAAGCACAACCUCAUACAGCAGAAAUGAAAGCCGCAGCGAUGUCUGUCUGGAUUUUCAUCAACCUUCUUUGUUUUGGUAUGUGUGGUUACUUGUAUUUAAUAUGGUCUCAGUACUGGAUGAGCAUAGAAAAACAAAGACUGUUUAGCAAGUCCCACGAUUCUCCCCCAAAGAGCAUAGCUGGGAUAAGUUUUCAAGAGACGUUUGCGAAAAAUGCCCAUUCAGUGAUAAAUGUUUCGGUGUUAAAAUUUGAUACCGUGCGUAAAAGUAGAAGAUCGGUCGUCGCUUUCAAAACUGGUGAUCACCAGUGGCAUAACAAAUCAUCAGGCCGGCAAGGUCGCCCGUCUAAUAAUAUAGUGGUUAAAAGUCGCGGCAGUCCGAGGUUUCCCAAUAUUCAUAAACCAAUAUUAGAAUUCGAUAGCGAAAAAUACGUAUGUGAUGAUUAUACUACGCAAGAAUGUAAAUUCAAGUCGAAUGAGUUCAAAGAGCUGCUUUUGAAAGAAUUCCAUCGAGUUUUGAUGAGUGAAAGCAAAGUGUUUACGUCCGGCUUGGCCUCACAGAACUCGUACGAUGUUAAAUACGAAAGGGGGUCCUCGAAGCAUGAAAGUAGAGAACAAAUAUUGUGCGCACUUGGAAAAGUAUUUAUAAGAACUGUUACAGCACGGGAUGAGCCUUUCGCAAGUUUGGGGUACCACAUCCCAAAUUCACCAUUGCAAGAAGGCCGUGUGUUCAACACCUGUGCCGUAGUAACUAGUGCAGGUGCCCUGCUUGGAUCUCGUCUAGGAGAAUUUAUAGAUUCUCAUGACAUGGUGUUGAGAUUUAACAACGCACCGACUGAUAACUAUACAGAUGAUGUCGGUUCUAAAACUACUUUCCGAGUACUGAACUCUCAGGUAGUCACCAAACCAGAGUUUAACUUUUUAGAAGAUUCUUUGUACAAGAAUAUUUCAAUACUGAUAUGGGAUCCAGCGAAUUAUUCGUCCACUUUAGAAGAAUGGUAUCUUCACCCUGAUUUUCCAGUAUUUUCCGUCUAUAAGAGAUUACUUGAGCGUCGUGGUACUGCUGAUGUUCACCUUCUUAACCCUCGUGUUCUGUGGGAUUUGUGGGAAGUUCUUCAAGAUUCAUCAGCUUAUCGUUUAAGGAGAAACCCCCCAUCUUCAGGAUUCAUUGGGUUAUGGUUCGCAAUACACCGAUGCAAGCGUGUCCGCGUCUUCGAGUACGUGCCUUCAGUGCGCGCCACGCGAAGGUGCCACUACCAUGCAACGGGCGAUGACGUUGGCUGCACGCUCGGCGCAUGGCACCCCCUUGCACAAGAAAAGGCACUCGCCCACCGAAUGAGUGACAACUCUGACCUCGAUAUCUUUCAGCGUGGUUUUAUUGACGUACCCGGACUUAGAACAUUACAAUGCUAGAAAAGUUACAGUCAGAAUAUCUCUCAUCAGUCAAACCUAAGUACUUUUAACUGCAAAAAAUAGAAAUAUUGGUUAAUAGUGGUUUUAAAUGUUUAAAUCUGUACCUUAUCUGUCCUAACCAUGAGCUGUUUUUUUUUUAUUGAGCUUUACCUACUGGACCUUCGUUUCGAUACAGAGAUCGCCAGCUCGCUUCGCUCGCCAUCUUCCGUUUUACUCCUCUUGGCUUCAUAAGCUCGCUUCAUUCAGGACCUCCUUCGCGAGCUUCUGGCUUCGCGCUUUA